GUUCUGCUGCUGCUGCAGUGCCACGCCGCAGCUUAUCUCGUGGCAGCUCCUUAGGUAGACCUGCUGCUGCUGCUGCUGCUGCUGCUGCACCUAGGGGUACAUCAGAGGGCCCUGCAGCAGCAAAAACAGCAAUAGUACGUAAGGCAGUGGGGCCCCCAGGGGCCCCCCAAGAGGGGCCCAAGGGGGCCCCCCCCUCUAUAUUAUCCAAGGCACGUAUGGUAAAGAAAGCAGCACCUGCUGCUGCAGCUAAGACAGCAGCAGCAGCACCAGCAGCAACAGCAGCAGGACCUGUACGUCUUAGUAGUGCAGAUACAAGAAAAAAAGAAAAAGAAAAAGAAGAAGAAAAAAAAAAUAUGCCUAUGCGUCUUGUACCUAAGGCAAUUACCCCUAAGACAGCAGCAGCAGCAGCAGCAGCAGCAGCAGCAGCAGCAGCAACAGCAGCAGAUGCAGCAGCAGAUAAAGCAGCAAAAGAUGCAGCACCAGCAGCAAAAGAUGCAGCAGCAGGGGAUAAAAAGCCUGAAGAAAAAGAAGCAGCAGAUGCAGCAGCAAAAGCAGCAACAGCAGCAACAGCAGCAACAGAAGCAGCAGCAGCAGCAGCACCUGCUGCAGAACCUGCAGCAAAAGCAGCAGCAGGACCACCACCAGUUAAGAAGGUAUUAACAAAGAAAGCAGCACCUGCUAUUAAGCCUCCUGCUGCUCCUGCUGCUCCUGCUGCUCCUGCUGCUGCUGCUGCUGCUGCUGCUCCUGCAGCAGCAGCAGAAGCAGCAGAAGGGGCAGCAGCAACACCUGCUGUUCCCUCUAAGAAGACAAUUGUUAAGAAAGCAGCACCUGCUAUUAUGCUGCGGAGAGGCAGCGCAGCAGCAGCAGCAGCAGCAGCAGCAAAAGCACCUGCAGCAGCAGACGCAGCAGCAGCAAAGGCACCUGCAGCAGCAGAUGCAGCAGAUAAGAAACCUGAGGAAGCAGCAGCAGCAAAAGCAACAGACAAAAAGCCUGAGGAAGCAGCAGCAGCAGAUGCUGCAGAUAAGAAGCCUGAGGAAGCAGCAGCAGCAGAUGCAGCAGAUAAGAAGCCUGAGGAGGCAGCAGCAGCAGCUGCUGCUGCUGCAGAUAAGAAGGACGAGGAAGCAGCAGCAGCAGCAGAUGCAGCAGAUGCAGCAGAUAAGAAGCCUGCAGCAGAAGCAGCAGCAGAAGACAAGCCUGCAGCAGAAGCAGCAGAUGCAGCAGCAGCAGCAAAAGAAGAGAAACCUGCAGCAGCAGCAGCAGCAGCAGCAGAUAAAGCUAAGGAAGAGGAAGCAAAAGAAACAAAAGAAAUAAAACAUUCAUUAGCAGCAGCAGAAGCAGCAGCAGCAACAGCAGCAGCAGCAGCAGCAGACACACAAAGAUUAACUUCCUUAGAGUUAGCUAUGAAGGCAGCAGAGACACAAAUAAAACAGGAAGCAGCAGCAAAGGCCCCUGCUGCUGCUGCUGCUGCUGCAGCAGCAGCAGCAGCAAAGCCUGCUGCAGCAAAGAUGCUGCUGGCAAAGAAAGCUGUGAUGCUUACAGGCAAAGCAGCAGCAGCAGCAAAAACUGCAGCAACAGCAGCAGCAGCAGCAAAAACAGCAGCAACAGCAGCAGCAGCAGCAAAGAAGGCUGAGGAACCUAAGGUAGGUGCUGCAGCAUCAGCAGCAAAGACACCCCAAGAACAACCAAAGAAAGCAGCAGCAGCAACAGCAGCAACAGCAGCAAAGACAGCAGCAACAGCAGCAGCAACAGCAGCAAAGACAGCAGCAGCAGCAGCAGCAGAACCUAGGAAAGCAGCAGGUCUUCCUCCUGCUAAGGUCCCCUUAAGGAAAGCAGCACCGACCCCAGCAGCAGCAGCAAAAGCAGCAACUGCAGCAGCAGCAGCAACAGAGCCAGCAGCAGCAGGAGAAGCAGCAGCAGAUGCAGCAGCAGAGAAGACACCGGCAGAGGAUACGCCAGCUACAGAGGGAACUGCAGCAGCAGCAAAAGCAGCAACUGCAGCAAAAGCAGCAGCAGCAGCAGCACCAAAGAAAAUGUUAGUAGUAAAGGCAGCCCCUAAGACAGCAGCAAAAGCAGCAGCAGCAGCAAAAGCAGCAGCAGCAGCAGCAAAAGCAGCAGCAACAGAGAAGGCAGCGCCAACGGCAAAGACAGCAGCAGCAGAGAAGACAGAAGCAGCAGAGAAGACAGCAGCUGCAGAAGAGAAGCCAGCAGCAGCAGCAGCAGCAGCAGCAGCAGAGAAGGAAGAGGGAGAGGGGGGCCCCCCUAAGCCUAAGACAGACACGGAGAAGAAGGAGGCCCCUAAGGCAGCAGCAGCAGCAGCAGCAGCAAAACCUUUGCUGCAGCAGCACGCAGCAAAAGCAGCAAAAGCAGCACCUAAGGCAGCUGCAGCACAUAAAGACACAGAAGGGGAAGCAGCAGCAGCAGCAGCAGGAAAGAAGCCAGCAGCAGGAGCAGCAACAGCAGCAGCAGCAAAGGCACACCCAAGACCAGUACCAAAAGCAGUCCCCAAGACACCAGCAGCAGCAGCAGCAGCAGCAACAGCAGCAGCAGCAGCAGCAGCAAAUAAAGAGGAGGCACAUAAGACAUUGAAGGUCAAGGCCCCCCCUAAGCGUCCUGCAGCAGCAGCAGCAGCAGCAAAGUCUGCUACUGCAGCAGAGGGUUCGGGGGCCCCCAAACCUGCAGCAGCAGCAAGCGAAGGGGCCCCCUCAAAGGAAGGCGCAGCUGAACCUGCAGCAGCAGCAGCAGCAGCAGAACCAGCAGCAGCAGCAGCAGCAGCAGAACCAUCAGCAGCAGAGAGACAAGACACAGAUGAUACUUCUUCUGUUUCUUCAGACAGUACGUCUCCUGCAGCAGCAGCAGCAGCAGCAGCAGCAGCAGCAGAUAAAAAAGGAGACAGCAGCAGGGUACGUCCUGCUGCUGUGCCGCGGCUAACGCGUCUCCCUUCAAAGGAUAAGGAGGGCCGUCUGGUGCUGCCCCAUAAGACAGCAGCAGCAGCAGCAGAAGGGGCCCCCGAGGGGGCCCCUAAGGGGGGCCCCCAUGAGGGGGGCCCCCAAGAUGCAGCAGAGAAGGAGGUACAAGGGAAGAAGACAAAAGGAUCUGCUGCUGCUGCUGCUGCUACUGCUAAGGCAAAGGCAGCAGAGAAAGGAAAGAAGGUACUAACAGGAGAGGGGGCCCCCGUUAAGGGGGGGGCCCCCAAGGAAGAAGCAGCAGCAGCUGCAUCUCCUGCAGCAGCAGCUGCAUCUCCUGCAGCAGCCGCAGCUGCUCCUGCAGCAGCAGCAGCAGCAGGUGCUGCAUCCCCCAAGGAAUUAAUUGCUGCUGUUUCCUCAACAGAUAAGAAGGGAAUUGUAUCACCAGCUGAACAAGAGCAUAAGGAAGAAGAGAAGGGCCCCCUUAGUCAUGCCAGCAGCAAAAAGGAGAUUGGUGGGGCCCCCACUACCCCAGAAGCAGCAACAGCAGCAGCAGCAGAAGCAGCAGCAGCAGCAGCAGCAACUGCAGCAGCAGCAGAUGCAGGUAAAGCCCUUAUUAAACAAAAAUCUGUAGAGGUGCAGCAGCAGCCAGAGGCUGCUUCGACUGCAGCAGAAAAAGCAGCAGCAGCAGCAGCAGCACCUGCUGCAGCAGCAGCAGCAGCAGCAGCAGCACCUGCUGCAGCAGCAGCAGCAGCAGCACCUGCUGCAGCAGCAGCAGCAGCAGCAGAAGGGGCCCCUAUAAAGCAGCAAUCUAAGACAGCAAUGGAUCGUCAGCCAUCGAAGAAAGAUGACAAGGAAGCAGCUGCUGCAGCAGAAUCUGCUGCUGCUGCUGCUGCUGCUCCUGCUACUGGUUCAUUAGCUGAACGUUUUGCUGCGCUGCAGCAGCAAGAAGCAGCAAAAGAAGCAGCAAAAGAAGCAGCAAAGACAAGCAGACAAUCAUCUCUUUCUUCUAUAGGAGAACAAUCCUUACCUUCUGCUGCUAAGAAACAACUCUCCUCAGGUAUAAUAAAGCAGAUAUCCUCUGCCUCUGUAUCAUCACGGAAGUCGUCUCCGCGUACUGUUGGAUCCCCGAUCCUGUCAAGGGGCCCCUCAAAAUUGGGGGGGCCCCCCAUGGGGGCCCCCCUUGGGGGGCCCCCCUCGCCGUCUGCAGGGCAGCAGUCACCUCAUGGAGCAGCAAGUCCUGCUGCAGCAGCAGCAGCAGCACCAGAAGACAUGCAUGCAGCAGGAGCAGCAGGAGAAGGAGCAGCAGCAGCAGCAGAAGCAGGUUACUGGGAUGAGGAAGGUAAUUGGGUACCUAUAGAUACACAAGAAGAUUCUUCUUAUGCUGCAGCAGGAGGAACAAGUCCUGCAUCUGCAGCAGAUCCAGCAGCAGCAGCAGCAGCAGGAGCAGCAGGAGCAGCAGAUGCAGCAGAUGCAGCAGCAGGAUACUGGGACGAACAGGGCAACUGGAUACCAACAGCAGCAGCAGCAACAGCAGCAGAUGGCUACUAUGAUGAGCAAGGGAACUGGAUAUACACUGGAGGUUAUGAUGAGCAGCAGCAGCAGCAGCAGCAGCAAGGCAGCUGGGGGCAGCAGCAAGAUGAUUACUAUUAUUACCAGCAGCAGCAGCAGCAGCAGCAGCAGCCAGAGCAGCAGCAGCAAUGGGGGGAUGGAUAUGGAGGUUAUUAUGACCAACAGGGUCAGCAGCUAACACCAGAGCAGCAGCAGCAGCUGCAGCAGCAGCAGCAGCAACAGUACCCCAUGGAUGGCUACUGGGACGAACAAGGCAACUGGCAGCAGCAGCAGCAGCAGCAGCAGCAGGAAGGGUACCAACCUAAUGGGUGCCGCUGCAGCAGCAGCAGUACUAGCUGCAGCAGCAGCAGCAGCAGCAGCAGAAGCUGCAGUAGUAGAAGUAGUAAUAGCAGCAGCAGUAUUAGCAGCAGCAGUAGUAGAUGUAGCUGCAGCAGUAGUAGCAGCAGCACUAGUAGCAACAGCAGCAGCAAUAGCAGCAGCGUUAGUAGUAGUAGCAGCAACAGCAGCAGCAGCAGCAAUAGCAGCAGCGUUAGUAGUAGUAGUAGUAGUAGCAGCAGCAGCAGCAGCGGCAGUACGCCGCCACAGCAGCAGUACUGCAGUAGUAGAAAUCAAUGUAGCAACAGCAGCAGCAGCAGUAUGUGUUGA